AAUUGGUUCACUAACACGUUCAGACCACUGUUGCUAUGGAGCAGCCAUCAUUUCACCACAUGAUCGCGCCCGCCCCCGGAUCGGCGGCUGUGUCAGCUCAUCCAAGCAGUUUGAAUAAUCUCACGGUCACUAGCAAAGACCAGAAGUCAAAAGAAGACACCGAGGUUGGUAGGUUAGGAUAUUCGAAGGUCAAGAAGGCUUUUCUCGGGAACUGCAUUGUCUGUGCCUUGGGCGCCUGUGCUUGCGUUACCGUUGGGGCCAUCUGUAGUGGGUGUUUGCUAUGGUGUACAAUGGGUCUUCUGGAUCAUUUGCAUGAUAUCGUCAUUCUCCUCUUGCCGGUAUAUGUCAUCGUCGCGACCGAGUUGACGCUUCGGUGGAAUUCUGCUACAGGUGUGCAUUUGGUCACUACCGCCGGGCAGCUCAUUCCUUUGGUUGUUAGUUUAGGGACCGUCCUCCAGUGCGGGACCAUGGUGUGGUUGGAGAAGUUCCACCAGGCAGACAACAGGGGGAUGGCUGUCUAUCAAUGGGGGUGUGAUGGAGAUCAGGUCGGAGCCCGUGUGACGAAUGAUGGACAGAAUGGAAUGUCCCCAGGAGUGACUUCGACAUCGGUGAAUGAGACCGUGCAGAAGGGAGACACAGCUGCAAAGGGGAAGGUAAAGAUGCGUGAUACAUUACCUGACUGACGACGAGCAAAGGCUGACUGACAGUCAUAGGGAGGCCUGAGAAACGACUCCCUGUCUCUUCAAGUUUAAUAGAACAAGGUGAAGAGGUUUGAGAGAUACUUAUAUAAGGUAGACAGCCGCGUGUGCGAGGUGAUGAAUGGGCAUGAUGGCAUUGCAGGGGCGACACAGCACUGCACCACAGUGUGUCUGUUGGUCGGUCAGUCCUGGGCUUACUCCGUACUACACUUCACUUGGAGUGCUCUAGAAGGAACUCAUGUCUUGGUAGAUUCACUGAGGCCCUAGUAUGUUGAGACGUUUCUAGAACAUAGAAUGAUUGAAUAUC